AUGAUCUUUCUUCUUUCCUUCACAAAUUCAGCUGCUACCCGUCUCGUCUCCCUCUCCAAAUUCCCAAUUCUCAGAACCCCACAAUUCUCCACCAUGUCUACCAAUUUCUUCAAGUCUCACGCCUUUGCAGGCAACCCCAUUAAGCUAAGAACCCCUAAAUCAACUGAUCCAUUUUCACCACCCUCUGCUCUCAAGACCCUUAAAAACCUUCUUUUAGGAAAUACCCAUGAACCCCAUUCCCCUAAUUUCAAGAUCUUGCCUUUCAGAAAGGGAAGGCCAUUGGCUGGUUCAGUUAGGGAAUCGAAUGAGCCGAAUUGGCACCUGGGUUGGUUGAGUUUUGAGGAUUGUAAGGCUUUCUUGGAGAACUCUGAGGUUAAUUUGAGUGAAGAUACUUUGGUUUAUUUGGGUUCUGAUUCUGAGGGUGAUGGGGUUUAUGUUGUGUACUGGGGUAUUGAUGUGACAGAGGCUGGUAAUGGAUUGGUUAAAGAAUUGGGGGGUAAGCAGUUUUGCUUUGUUGAGCUUAGGACUCUGAUGGUUGCCACUGAUUGGGAAAAUGCUUCGUCCAUGGGACAACUUGCUAUUGCUGGUCAUGCCAGAUCAUUACUAGAAUGGCAUACAGCAUCACGUUUUUGUGGAUUUUGUGGUGGUAAGAACAUUUUAAUUGAUGCUGGGAGACGGAAACAGUGCUCUAAUGAGUUAUGCAAGAAGAAAAUCUAUCCUCGAGUUGAUCCAGUUGUGAUUAUGUUAGUUAUUGACAAAGAGAAUGACCGUGCGUUAUUAAGUAGGCAGUCAAGAUUUGUGCCUCGCAUGUGGAGUUGUCUAGCUGGUUUCAUGGAGCCAGGAGAAAGUUUGGAGGAGGCUGUGAGAAGAGAAACAUGGGAGGAGACCGGUAUUGAAGUUGGACAAGUUGUUUACCAUAGUUCUCAGCCAUGGCCUGUUGGACCUAGCAGCAUGCCAUGCCAACUUAUGGUGGGAUUCUUUGCUUAUGCAAAAUCACUGGAUAUUAAUGUGGAUAAGGAGGAAUUAGAAGAUGCGAAAUGGCAUAGCAGAGAAGAUGUGAAAAAGGCACUCACGAUUGCGGAAUACAAGAAGGCACAGAAGACUGCUUCUGGUAAAGUGGACCAAAUGUGCAAGGGUGUAGAAAGAGGACAGAGCUUGUCUUCCGAUUUCAAUGUGGAAAGUGGGGAACUUGCUCCUAUGUUUAUCCCGGGGCCCUUUGCAAUUGCUAAUCAUCUCAUUUCCUCUUGGGUGAAUGGGGUUGAAUCGCAACUUGCAAGUUCUUUCUCAAAUUUAUAGGUUGGUGCUCACUAAUGAAGUCUUCUUUUUUGCAGCAUGUCAUUUAAUCUUGUUAUGUCUAUCAUCUAUCUUGUUUGAAAUCGAUUUUGCUGAAAUUAUUGCAACGUUAAUACUGUAGUAAGCUUCUCAAAUAACCUUAGUCUACUCAUGAAGAAACAUGAUAAACAUGCUUUGUCAUUCUAAAACUUGAGGCUUUCUGUUUUUGCUUAGUUAAAUUUAUCAGUUUGGUAUA